CGCCAAAUAAUCAUAACAUAUGCAAAGAAUAAUUGUACAAUUAUAUUAUCCAUUUGCUGGCAGGGGAUAGCUAGUCCAGGCCAUGGCUGUUCUCAGCUGCUUCAACCUUUGCACUCCUCCUCCCCCUUCUAAAAUUGCCUCUUCCACCACCCCGCAGAAUCGUCACCCUUUUCAAAUCUUUGCCAGACCUCUUUCCCCGGCUACUCUGAACCAACCACCCCACACCUCAAGGGGGGACCCACUCUUGUAUAGUGCUAAAUCCUUAUCCACUGCUAGCUUUAUUGCUCUCCUCUCAGCUUCACUCUUCUUUUCCUCUGAUCCAGCUUUGGCCUUCAAGGGUGGAGGUCCAUAUGGUGCUGAGGUAACCCGAGGGCAAGACCUUACUGGCAAAGAUUUUAGUGGUAGAACUUUGAUCAAGCAAGAUUUCAAAACGUCCAUAUUGAGACAAGCGAAUUUUAAAGGCGCAAAAUUGACAGGAGCUAGCUUCUUUGAUGCUGAUUUAACAGGUGCUGAUCUGUCUGAUGCUGAUCUUAGAGGUGCUGACUUCUCCUUGGCAAAUUUAGCAAAGGCAAAUUUAACCAAUGCUAACUUGGAAGGAGCACUUGCAACUGGAAAUACAUCUUUUAAAGGGUCAAUUAUAACAGGCGCAGAUUUCACAGAUGUUCCUUUGAGAGAAGACCAAAGGGGAUUCCUCUGCAAAAUUGCAAAUGGGCUAAAUCCAGAAACAGGUAACGCAACACGUGAUACAUUACUCUGCCGUUAAAAUUUAGAAUCAAGGUUUCUCUCCAAACCAAGAUGCUGGGUAUUAGUAUUACAUGGAAGGACACACUGUUAUUCACUUUGAAACAGCAAUUCCUGAGUUGAAGAAGAGGUAUAUAGAGUUCAUAUCCUCUAAACGUAGUACAUACUCCGUAUUAUUUACACCUAACUAACCCACAAUGAGAUAUGUGUUCUACUUUAACUUCCUGGCAUUAAUAUGGCCUCACCGGGGUUACAUCUCCUAAUCUUGAUUUUCAUCGUGCUACUCCAGAAACCUUCACUGAUCUCACAGCAUUGUCUUCGCGGUUUCUGCACAUAUGCAAAUUCAUAAAGUCAAUCAUUUAUAAGUACCACUACCUCCUAAUAUGAAAACAUUGUGUGAGUAAUACUGAAAAAAUUGGAGGCAUAAUUUUUUGGGGGAAUUUGACUUUGCACCCCACUUUUUGUAUGAUAUUAGACUUUGCACCCCAUUUUAAAAAAACUUUUAUUUUGCAGCCCAUUUCACUUCAAAAUCAUUUGACUUUACACCCCAUUUAGAAAUUUUCCUUCUCAAAUGUUAUAUGAUAGGGUGCAAAGUCAAAGGUGUUUUAAAAUGAGGUGCAAAGUCCAAUAUCACCCAAAAAGUGGGAUGCAAAGUCAAAUUCUCCCUAAUUUUUUACAUUCAAAUAGUGUUCUUUUAUUGACUUCUUAGUUCUUAUCUAUUGUUAUCUAAAUCUUUGGAGUUUUUUCUAUGGUAUUACUAAUACGUAGUAUAAUAAUAUAAUAAUAAUAAUCAUUGAUAAAAAUGUGAUGACUAGUAACACGGCCUCAUGCGUCAAUGCCACCAUGGGAUGUUUUUUUCCAACAACAUUUUUGGCGACUUUUCUAACAACACGGCCACACGGGGGCAGUUGUGAACUUGUUGGGGAGUGAUACAAAAGAUGGGAUGGGUUUAGAAUAUAAGAUAAAUUAGUCACUUCACUCACUUGUUUGAAACAUUUGUGUAAAACAUGGGUGAAAGUAGGUAGAAAUUGCAAAAUUAGAAAAUGGGGAAAAUAAUACGGAGGCACGGAGCAAUAGACUAAUAGCAUCCUAAAAAGGAGUUCAUAAAGGUGAUAUAUAAAAGGUAAAACUGUAAAAGAGAGACCACCUGAUUCAACAAUUGGUAGUCCAUUUUCUCAGCAGAGACAACAAUCUUCUCUACCCCAACUGCAAUGAGGUAAUUCAUGAAGGGACACUUGUUUUUUGGCCGGUCCAAUAACUUCUUAUAAGUAGUCACCGUCACGCCCUCUUGGGCCACAUCAUUAACCGAAUCUAAAUAGAACACGAUGGGAUGCUGGCACGGGUCAGGACUCACAGGUCGGGUAUUGAACGUGAAAGGCCCGUUGCUCAAUGUACGCCAUGUUUGGAACGUCUGCAGUGGCAUUUCUAACUCUUUGGGGGUCAAAACCCGAGGGUAUAUUUGGACAGCAUAGCCCCAAGAGAUGGAUAUUGACCAUUUCCACUUGUUGUAGCAGAUCGAUUGCUGCAUUAUUCUCGCCGGGUCGGGCUUGUAUGCUUGGAUGAUGGUCUGGAAUGACUGGAGUAGGGUUUUGUUGGGGAAAAGUGGCUGAAUACUUUCAGGGUGGUGGAGGGAUACAAGGGGUGCUAAAGGAUGAGCUGCCAGUAGACCAAAUGCAUCUCCUCUUAUGUCCAUCUGAGAAAUUGUCACCACCACACAACAAAUUAAAAUUAGUUCCAAACAUUGAUCCAUUGAAAAUGAAUCCCCCAUGGAACUUAAAAUUGGAAGAACAUUCAAUAAGGAGGAAAGGUUUUUGUAUUUCAUAUAUCUAUAUUUUUUCGGGGAAUGCCUAUAUUUCAUAUAUUAAAAUACAGAAUAGUAAUAAGAAAAAAUUACAAAAGUAUUACUACUUUAAACACCACGUACAAAAAUAUCACUUGUUUACCUAACUUACACACAAGAUGAUGUACGUGUUCUAUAGUGAUUGUCAUUUUUUUGUAACUGCCAACACUAGUGAUAAUAUUUGUGUAAAAAACUCGUCUCAAAAUUAUCUCUUUUUUCUCUUUUGACAAAGAGUUUGUGUUUCGCAAUCAUUUUAAUACAUUCUUACGCAUUUCUCUCUCGUCUGCACAACUCUACACUACACAAUUCUCACUAUCUUAAUUAAAAAUAUUAAAAAGAGUACAGAGUUUGGACCUUCUUUCAAAUUAACUUGAGCAUUACAAAAUUAAAAAGUGUGAGAAUAGCAUAAGAGUCGAUCAAGUCAUCAAAGAGUUUAAUUAAGUACACUCUCCGUCCCAUUAAAUUUUUUCAACUUUUCUUUUUGGACUGUUUCAAAAAAUUCUUCCAACUUUCACUUUUGUAAAACUUGUGUGCUUCAUAUUCAUUGACUUUUUCUUACACAACUACAACAAUACAUUUCAUCUUUAUUCUUAUUUUCUUAAUUUGCGAGCCAAGAUUGAUUUGGAAGAAUUUAUUGGGAUGGGGAAGUAGAAGAGAAGGGAUGACACCCCAUCCCUAAGACCAAACAUCCAAUGGACACUUAAACAAGCAAAUGUAAAUAGAAUUUUAAUAGAUAGCGAGUGAAUUUUGAGUCUCAUACUUAUGUUUCUAUUUUACUGGGAAGAGGAAACUCUCGUAUGAAACACUGGAAAAAUACAGUAAAAAGGACACUUUUCCCGAAAACUGUACUUGGGCACCGGCCUAUGAAUUUGAUUUCAGACAUUAAACAAAGGUGAGGAAACGUGUCACGUCAAAUUGCCCACCGCACAUCGCGAACGUACAGAUUGGAUGACCAAACAAACCAAAAUAAAUCAAAGGCGUCAAUUACUCUUUUUUGUAACCGAAAGCGACUAAUUGAAAAGCGAAAGAAAACCCCUAUUUCGGAAUCUUUGGUUCCCCGUCGGAUGAGUGGAAAAUUAAAAAAUGCAACAUGUUUAUUGAAGACAUGGUUUGGUUGACGUUUGAGACCCGAAAGUGACUACUAACUCUACUAACUAUGGAUCUUGCUAUAUAUUUGAACGGUUGGGUAUGAAAUGCCUAUGAUAUAGAAUGAGUUGAUACUUGAUAGUGCUGCUGAGUACACAUGACAUUGUGUAUAUAAUGUCACAUAGAAAUUUACGGAGUAUAUUUUAGACAUUUAUCUAAUCACAAUGAGCCCGUUUCAUCAUAUCAAAAUGAGCUGUAUUGACUGGUUCAAUUGAAAUUUAUGAAAUUCAAUUUGAAGUGGUUAGGGCAUCGACAUCCAUGGAUUAUUUUUUGGAUCAUUUUGAUGAAGUGGAGGAUUUUUUUGGGAUCAUGCAUGAGGAGUUGAGAUUAUUUUAUGAGAUUAUUUGAUAAAAUAAUCUGGUAUCAAAUUCUAAAGCUGGAUUAUUUUGAGAUUAUUUCCAACUUCUAGGCAUAUAUUUAUAAUUAUGGUGAUGACUAGUUUUGUAGUUCGUACAUGCUCAUGCUCCUAUCCAAGGUAAAAUAAGGUCAUGAAUGAGGUGAAAUUUAUUGAUUUGGAGAUUAUUUGAGAUUAUCUUAUGUGGAGGUGACAUGACAAUAUUAAGCCAUGAAAAACCGUAAAGUUGAAGAACAUCAAUGUGGAUGCUCUUAGAUUGAUUGGUUUUGUUGAUUUAUGAGAAAAAAAAUUAUACUUAAAAUUUACUUCUUUCAUCCCGGAAAAUUCUUUCCAGCUUGACUUGGAUCGGAGUUUAAAAAAGCGAGAAUAAAGUGGAAACGUAUGGUUGUGGUUGAGUAAUAAAAAGGUAAAUGAAUGGUGGCCACACAAACCUUUCCAAAAGGGAAACAGGGAGAAUUUUUUGGGAUGUUCCAAAAUGGUAAGUGGGAAGAAUUUUCUGGGACGGAGGUAGUAUUUUAUUAAAAAAAUAAAGAAAAUAUUAUAUGAAAAAUAGUUAAAAUGAUCCUUUACAGUAACUUCAGUCAAUACAUCCAGAAAAGUAACUUCAACCUUACUUUUACUUAUACGAGUUAAUUUAGCGCGUGAAUCAAAAGUCAUGUGUUUGGUGUAAAAGUUGGCUAAUAAGAAUAAUAAUCCGAAAAACAGGACUACCAAAUUAAGCUUUACAAGACUAUGACCCCUUUUAAUUCAAUAAGUAUCCUAAGUCUUAAAUAAAUAAGUUGUUCUAUUAUUUAGUUGUCCAAGUAAAGAUCAAUUGUUUUUUAUUUCUCUCUUUAGAUCUCCUAUUAAGUACGUAUCAUAUCAUGUAAGGCUGUAAAUUAAUUUUGGAAAUGAAAAGUUAGGGGUGGUGAACACCAGUGUAUCUAAUUAAGAAAGAAGUUUUGUUAUAAAAAAAUAUGACAUAUCCCAUAGAAAGUUUUGAAAGUUCAUAGGAUGGUCGCCCUAGAUGGGUCUUUUAUAACUCCAUAAAUAAAAGAAAUAAAAGAGAGAGCAAAGUUCCAUAAAACUUGGCUAAAUUUUCUUUUUUGGUCGUACCAAAAAAAUUUGUCAUUUCCAUUAAAAGCAACAAAUAUGUAGUUAAAACUAUUUCUCUUUCCUCUGUACAAAUUUCAACCACAUAAAUUUUACUUUAUUAUUCCACGUUGAUCAAGUUUUAUGAAAUUCAAUGUACGAACAUAUUCCAGCUACUGCCACAACAUUUGGAUUUUGUGCAUGCUGUAGCCCUACUAUCGUUAAUACUCCGUAUUUGGCGAUGGGAUGUGAAAAAGUCGUAAAAGCGUCACCUAUCUAUAUAUAGGAAAAGACGAAUGUGCUACCGACGUAAUGGAGGAUGCAUUAAAUCAUAUUUUAGCCUCUAGAAUAACAGAACCAAACUUAAAUAAAUUGAACUUAAGCGGAUCAAGUUAAAUUAUUUUACUAUUUUAGACUAUACCACACUAUAUAGACUACUAAAUCAAUAUAAAUUCAAAUUAGAUCACACAAAAACUAAUCAGAUUUAAAUUUCGAAUAACAGUUGAAAUCUGAAGCAUAUAUACUUUUAAUUCAUAUACGCAUAUAUUAGACUAGUAACCGACAUAACGUAACAAUGACUAUUUAUGUACUAUGAUGUUUGAGGAAAAUGGGAGAGGCAAGCCAAAUCCAACGAGCUGAGGCGAAUGGUACCAAAAUACCAUAUACGGACAAACACAUCAGCAUUGACUAUCACUUUGUUCGUGAGAGAGUAUCUCAUGGAGACCUGGUUGUUCGCUAUGUUUCUACGCAAUUCCAGCUAGCUGAUAUUUUCACAAAAUGUUUGUCACCUCAACGUUUUAUAUUUCUUAGGGACAAUCUGCGCGUUCUUUCCCCUGCAUAGAUUGAGGGGGUGUAAUAAUGUAUUGAUUAGUCUAAAUAGGUCUUCCUAUUUUAGUCAGUUUCCUAUUGUAUUCAGGACACAUGUUUUAUUAUAUAUAUGACAUCCAUGGCUACCACAUUGGUAUGUCUG